AUGUCAGUUGCAACUUCACAAUUGAGAAUGUUGCUGAGUAGACAACAAAUACAAAGAAAUUAUAGUAUAAAUAAUAAUAUAAUAAAUAGAAAUAGAUUAAAUAAUCAUAAUACUUAUUUAACAUCUAAUAAUUCAUCAACAUCAACAUCAUCGAAAACAUUGUAUAACUAUUAUAGCCAAUCAUCAUCAUCAUCAUCAAAUCAACAAUAUAAACAUCAAUCAUCAUCAUCAUCAUCUUCAUCAACAACACCAACAGUAUUACAAAGUUUCAUUUCACAAUUCAAAGAACAACAACAAAGAUCAUUACAAUAUAUAAAUGAUUCCAUUUUAAAAGCAAAGGGUUGGGGUAACUUUGAGAAACCAUCGUCAUCUCCAAAAGAAGAAGAGGAAAACAACAAAGAUAACAACAAAGAGAAAAACGAAAAAAAAGAAGAAAAUAAAAAUAAUAAUAGCAGCAAUGAUAGCGAUAAGAAGAGCAACUCAUUCAAUCAAAGCAAUAAGAAUAAGCCAGAUGAAGAUAAAGAACAACCAGGUAAAUGGAACUAUUUCUCAUUGUCAAUAUUAGGUGCUGGUGCACUCUUCUAUUUACUCUCUCCAAACACUCCGGAGGAUGAACAUCCACAAAUUACAUUCAGUGAUUUCAUUACAAAGAAUCUACCUGAUAAAUCGACAACUAAAAUUCAAGUAUAUGAUAAUGUAGCUGUUGUAAUCGGUCAAGACAAUGAAGUAAUCGGAUCAUUUAGCAUUGGUGAUAAGAAGGUUUUCGAAGAACAAUUGGAAGCCGCUCAAACAACAUUGGGUAUCACAAAGAACAACUUUAUACCUGUAUCUUAUGUUGAAAAUGUUGAUUAUAGAAUAUUGUUGAUUCAAAUGAUACCAUAUAUAAUAUUGGGUUGGUUCGCCUAUAGAACCUAUAAGACAUUGACUUCGAAAUCGAACAAGUUGUUUUCACAGGGUAAGAUCAAUGCCAGUCAAUUCAAGAAGGACGAUAGCAAGGUGUUGUUCAAGGAUGUCGCUGGUUUGGGUGAAGCCAAGGUGGAGAUCGAGGAGUUUGUCAACUUCCUCAAGGAUCCAAAGAAGUAUAAUGAUAUCGGUGCCAAGAUUCCACGUGGUGCCAUCUUGAUUGGUCCACCAGGAACCGGUAAGACUCUGAUGGCAAAGGCAACUGCCGGUGAAGCCAACGUACCGUUCUUCUCGACUUCCGGUUCGGAUUUCGUUGAGAUGUUUGUCGGUGUCGGUCCGGCACGUGUUCGUGACCUCUUUGAGCAGGCACGUAAGAAUGCACCGUGCAUUGUAUUCAUCGAUGAGAUCGACGCUAUCGGUCGUGCCAGAGGAAAAGGUGGAUUCUCUGGAUCGAACGACGAGCGUGAGAACACUCUGAAUCAACUGUUGGUGGAGAUGGACGGUUUCACACCGCUAAAGAACGUAGUUGUUCUCGCUGCAACAAACAGACCGGAUAUUCUCGAUCAAGCACUGCUGCGUCCAGGUCGUUUCGAUCGUCAGAUCACCAUUGACAAUCCAGACUUGAAGUCGCGUGAAGAAAUAUUCUGUGUCCACUUGAAGCCGUUGACUCUCGACAACACCGUUGAACACUACGCACCAAAGUUGGCCAAGUUGACUCCGGGAUUCAGUGGUGCCGAUAUUUCCAAUGUCUGUAACGAGGCUGCGCUGAUUGCCGCAAGAAAAAUGGCUGACCAGAUCACGCUGAAGCAUUUCGAUGCUGCUAUUGACCGUGUCAUUGGUGGACUGGAAAAGAAGAACAAAGUGCUGUCGCCACAAGAGAAAAAGACGGUUGCCUAUCACGAAGCUGGACACGCUGUUGUUUCGUGGUUCCUCGAGCACUGCAACCCGCUGUUGAAGGUCUCCAUUGUGCCACGUGGUGUUGCCGCACUCGGAUACGCACAGUACUUGCCAAAGGAGGAGUUCCUUAACACCAAAGAGCAGAUCUUUGAUAAGAUGUGUAUGGCUCUCGGUGGUAGAGUCGCUGAGCAAUUGGUGUUUGGCACCAUUACGACCGGUGCUCAAGAUGACCUGGAAAAGAUUACAAAGAUGGCAUACUCACAGGUUGGAUUGUAUGGAAUGAACGAAAAGGUUGGUCCACUCUCCUAUCCACGUAAGGAUUCAUCGGAUUUGACCAAGCCAUACAGUGACGAGACUGCUGAGAUCAUCGACCAGGAAGUCAGACUGCUAUUGCAGAGCGCCUACAAUAAGACACAAGAAGUAUUGGAAGCACACAAAGAAGGAUUGGAAAAGGUUGCAUUGCUCUUGCUCGAGAAAGAAGUGAUCCACGCCGAAGACAUCGAGCAAAUUCUUGGACCAAGACCUUUUGCCAACACACCAAAAGUUGAAAUACCAAAUAAUAGCAGUAACUCUUCGGAUUCUUCACAAGUUCAACCACAAGCUUCAUCAUAA